AUGAAAAGUGGUUCUAUAGAGUAUAGACUGUAUCACUACUUGACCCCUGCCCACCAGUCUCUGGGUGCACCUUACCACCCUCCUAAGUCACCCUACUCGCUGUUGCAGGAGACAACUUAUCAGGACCCAUGGAGAUUACUUGUUGCAACUAUCCUUCUUAACAAAACGAAAGGAAGGGUGGUAGUCCCUGUAUUCACCUCCCUAAUCCUCCUCUACCCCACAACCCUACUCCAGGACCCCUCCUCCCUCUCCACUCUGACACAGCUCCUCACCCCGCUGGGACUUCAUAACAGACGCGCUGCCACUAUUAUUGCCAUGUCUAACAAGUACUUAAUUAAAGAUGGAUUGGGAGUUCCCCAAAGAGUUGCCUGGAAUCGGGAAGUACGGUGAUGAUUCUUAAAGGAUCUUCUGCUGCGGUCAAACUGACGUAACACCACGAGACAAAAAACUGAACUUGUAUAUGGAAUGGUUGAAAAGUGCCUCCACACAAGAAUAACUUGGUGAUGGUCGAAUUAUCUUGAUUGGCUGCUCCUAUAUUCUCCUACUGCACUGGACCCGCACAAAUAUGUCCGUGUACUUUCAUCAGCAAUAAUGUCGCCUUCAAUAUCAACUAUAGAGCAGCUUGACCAAAUGUUGAAGAAAUACGUUUCCUCAGAUGAUUUAAAUCUUUAAUUCGAUCGUCUCAGACCUCUAUUUGGUGGUGAUCCGUUCGGUUUAGCUCGUUUUUCUCUGACGCACGUUUUCUUAGCUCCCUUCCACAAACAACCUGGGAGAUUGAGUUUACGUAAGCGCAAUUCCUGCCGAGUGCAUCCAUUAUUUGUAAACAAAUUCUCAUUUAAAUUCCGUACUGUACGAUCGUGAUCAUGUUGUUUACAGUUAAAUCUCGAAGAACGCCUAUCAAAUUAACUCACGGCUCUGUCUGUAAUCCCAAGUGCAGAGGAUCUGAUCCAUCUGAGAGGCAGGGCAGUCUUCUGGUAUACCGCGCUCUUCAGUGAAGCGAUUAAAACAGUCCUCUAUCUCACAGUCACAGUCGUACAGAUUUCUUCUCAAUGCGUUCCUCUCAAAUUCUGGAAGGAUAGGGUUCCUGGUUUAGGGCACUCUAUUGGCCCUACUUUAGGGUUAUCGAACAAAAAACUACAUUUAUGUGCAUUACUUGAAAUUCCAAUCAGUACAAUUUACGUUACCUUUCACGUAGUACCAUCCUUUACAGAACUUCUUGAUCGUCAUAUCACUCACGGUCUGCGAGUGUAAACAGUUUUUAAUUUACUUUUGAUUUUACAGCAUAUUAAUAAAUAUAUUCAUCGUUACUGUUCAUUUUGAUAUCAUUCAUUUUUAUUACAAUUUUUCAUGGUAAAAUUAUAACAUCGUAUUACGAUUUUA